UUAUAGGGUUAUAGACUGCCAGUGAAAAUAGCGUGUUCUACAGUUCAUACAGAAAUUCUACAGUUCAUAAUUAUUUAUUAGCAAAACAACAAUCUGUAUUAAUUUUAAUUUUUUUUACCAUUUAUCCAUUUUAGUAGACGUGAUCACACUGAAACAGAUUCAUUCCGGUUGUUUAAAAAAAACAUUAUUUUAUUCGAUUUUAUGACAAAAGAAUCUUCGUUUUCUUGAAACAAUGAAAAAACAACAAUAGUUUAAAGUUAAAAUAAUUUUUUUAGAAGAGGAAUCAAUGGCAUUGAGCUUAUCAAAUUUUGCGGCAAAAUCCCAGCGAAUCAGCAGGCACCUGUUCUUCCUGAGACUUUCCCCAGCUGCGUUAAUAUCUCUAAAUAUUAGACCGAUCAUGACGUCAUUGCCAAGAAUGGAGAAAGCUCUGGAACACCUCAAGACAAAUCCAUACUUUGAAAAAUAUGCUAAGAACAUAGCCAAACUUCAAGAAACUAAUCCAGAAGAAUUCCUUGCUCGGGUGGAGCAGAGGGAGAAAAAAGCCAAAGAAACAAAAGCCAAACGUGAAAUGGAGCGAAAAUUCCAACAGCAAUGUAACGCAAAGCCACAUGCCGAUGGAAGCGCAGCAGGGAAGAAAUCAACGUUGGACAGCGUCAUGAAAAUAGAUCUGAUACAUGACAAAGUUGUCUCUCAGGAUUUCGGUCAAUGGUCUAAAAGACGCGGCAUUCAUUUCCAUGGAAUUAGUUGGAGCCGCUUUCGCACGAUAAAGUAUGAAGCGAUUAGUCGUCGAUCAUCAGCACGAUUUUAUGGAGAAUAUGGAAGCAAAAGGGAAAUUUUUUACGUAUCAACUCCGAUAUUUUACGUAAAUGCUGGACCUCAUAUUGGACAUCUGUACAGUGCUUUACUGGCCGAUUCGAUGAGCCGAUACUAUGCUAUGCGCGGUUACGAAACGGUUUUAUCCACCGGUACCGACGAGCAUGGAAACAAAGUUGAAAACGCUGCGAAGCUUGCCGGUCUUCCGGUUGAAGGAUAUUGUCGUAAAAUAUCGUCACAAUUCAAGGAUAUGUGUGAUCAGUUUGACGUUGGAUAUACUCAUUUCAUAAGAACAACGGAUCAAAAGCAUCGAGAAGCCGUACAAAAAUUUUGGACCACUUUAAAAGAUCGCAAUCACAUAUACCUCGGCAAAUAUAGCGGGUGGUACUGCGUGCCCGAUGAGAAUUUUGUAAUGAGUUCCGAAUUGUCGGAAAUAAAAAACGCUUCGGGCGAAACGAUCAAGGUUUCCGCUGAAUCUGGACAUCCGGUCGAAUGGACGGAAGAGGAGAAUUACAAAUUUCGUUUAAGUGCUUUUCAAAACGAUCUUAAAUAUUGGUUGAAAGAUGAAAAAGCAGUGAGACCCGCCAAGUUCCAUAAAAUAUUAUCAGAUUGGAUCGAGGAAGGAAGUUGCUUGGAGGAUCUUAGUGUUUCGAGACCGGUCAAAAGGGCACCUUGGGGAAUUCACGUGCCCAACGACGAGACCCAUACUAUCUACGUCUGGCUGGACGCACUUGUCAAUUAUCUAACUUCGAUGGGCUAUCCGAAACAAGAGUUGACGAACAAACGUUGGCCACCCUCCAUCCAAGUUAUCGGCAAAGAUAUAUUGAAAUUUCAUGGAAUAUAUUGGCCAGCUUUUUUAAUAGCAGCCGGUUUGGAACCUCCGAAAACCUUGCUGUGUCAUUCGCAUUGGACUGUGGAUGGCGAGAAAAUGUCAAAAUCGAAAGGAAAUGUGAUAUCACCGUUCGACGUAGCGAAAGAAUUAACGAGCGAUGGUUUGAGAUAUUUCCUUCUUAGAGAAGCCGUUCCUCACUCGGAUGGGAACUACAGCGAUAUAAAAAUUCGUCGAGUUCUUAAUUCCGAAUUGGCAGACACUUUGGGAAAUUUGGUGAGUCGUUGUAUGGGCAAAAAAGUAAAUCCAUCAGGCGAAAUAGCGGAUCCGUCACUGCACGUGGAAACCUUGAAUUCAGAAAUUUCGCGGGAGCUCGUGGAGUCCCUGAAGAAUAUGAGCAACGAGGCGGAAGAUCGUUACGAACAAUUGAAUUUGCAUCACGUGGUUGACGUAGCAAUGCGAGUUCUUCAUACAGCAAAUAUAAUGGUUGAGCGGCACAAGCCCUGGCAAUUGCGCAAGGAAUGUAACGCCGGUAGCGAGGAAUCGAAAAUUCAGUUGGAGGCUGUAAUAUCUUUGGCAUUAGAAUCGUGCAGAAUGAGCGCUCUCGUAUUAAGCCCGAUAGUUCCAAAGUUGUCCUCGAAGUUGCUCGAUUACAUUCUAAUACCGCAAAAUGAGAGAACUUGGUCGAACGUUCAAUUCUCAAAUGGCAGUAGUUCGCGACAAGUUCGUGAGAGCAGAGGCGCUCCAGCGCCGGUGUUUUGUCGUAUAAAGAUCUGAAAAGGGGGAAGAGGAGAGGAGCAAAGUGAAGAAAAAGAAUCAACAGAAAUAAACGCUCAUUGAUUUGCUCUACAAGAAAAGUUCGUCUUUGUUUGUUUGUUUUUUUUUUUUUUUAAUUUUCUCCUUUUUUAUAUUUAAUCGCUCAUUUUACACAAGAUUUAUAAUCUAAUACGAUAAACCUAGAUAUGUAUUUACAGAGAGUGAUGGAGAGAUACUUGGAAUAUGACGUCGUUCUCGAUAAGGGCAAGAGAGAAAGAGAGUUUAGAUAUAAAAGAACGAGAGGUGAGAGACAAGGAUUUUAUAGAAAGAAAGAUAGAAAGAAAGAGAGAGAUCGAGAGCCGCUGUAUCCGGCACGACGUUAAUUCCCUGUAUCGUUUAUUUUUUUGUUUGUUUUAUAUUUGAUUUUUUAUCAAGUGUAAUAUUGCCUGGAGGGUGCGAGCAACGAGCUUCGGCUCAUUUUUCCAAGUCUCGUUGCAUGGACCCGUUUUUUUCUUUUCAUUAUUCAAAUAGAAAAAUAAAUAAAUGAUCAUUUACAA